CGCGCAGUCGGUGUGACGUCAGCUGGUUCUUCUUGCCGGGAUCCCAGCUGCAUGUCUAAGUAUAUUCUCAUCACUACGCAACAACACUUCACUUCAUCUAUCAUAGAGGAACCAACUUUGCUCAAAAGAAGGCGGGAACAAUAGAAGAACUGUGCCAACCACGCUUGUGACAGACAUUUUUUUCUGCGCGGUCGGACUCGUUUACUAUAUAUAAAGUAGGUAUUGUAGUUACCGUUAUGUCGCAGCUGAGUCAAGGCUGUGUGUUUCUCCUGGCUGUGUUAGUGGCGGUAAACGGGAACGCAUGGGAGAAAGAAAACUACCCCAACCCACAGCUUCAGCCGGAACUCUGCAGCCCGUCGGUAGGGAAGCCGUCAUGGCUUUGCAAUCCGGACCAUGUCCUGAACGAACACUCAGCUCUUAUGUUGAGGGAGAAAUUGAAGCUGGUUCAUGAAGAGGCUAAAUGUUUCUGCGACGACUGCACGGACAGGGGAGGUUACACCAUCGCUGUAGCCACCAUGCAGCAGAUGGAACCCAUGUACUGGACGCUCCUGCCCACAGAACAAGUGCCAGUCAACAUCAGCUCCAGGCGUUACGCGCGAUUCCUGAGAGACGCCUGGUUUCCCGACCAGUCAUGUACUGAUCACGUCAUCAUUCUCGUCUCCAAGCUGGAUGACUUGGUUCUCAUCUCGCCCGGCGAGUUCGCCAAGCCCAUAUUACCCGACGAGAAGUUGAAGUCCAUCAUGAAGAAAGCCGAGCACUUCUUCAACGUCACUGGUCACUACCAGCCCCGUCUUGGAUUGGAGCAGAUGAUCACCGAGAUCGCGGAAAUCUUCGACGGUCUGGAACGGGCACAGUCUUUCCUUCUGAGCGGUUAUAUGAUCGCCAUCAUCUUAGGUGUCGUGGCGUUAUACUGCACAGUGGGUUUUAUAUGCUGCCGGACAUACGCAUCCAUGAAGAAGGCAGACAGAAAAUACUCCGCCAGCGAAACCCCUUUCUUCUUCGUUUACCUGGACAAAAAGAAACUCAAGCAAGAGGAGGAGGAGAGGCUGAGAAAACAGAAGCGCAAGGAGAAGAGGCGGAAGAAGAGGAUGGAGGAACGUAAGAAGCUGGAGGAGAUGCAGGCCCAGGCCCAAAGUGACUUUGAAGAACACGACUACGAUCCGAAGUACGACGGCGUGAAGGGAGAGGAGUAUGAGAUGCGCCCCUAUAACGACCAGGCUGCUCCCAUGCCGUACUGGUACGGCGCCCCUCGCGGCGCCACGGCGUCCCUUCCACCAACACCACGGCAGGGCAGGUCCUUUAACGGCCGGGCCAACACGCUCGGCACCGCGUCGGUACCGUCCUCUCCCAUGCCAGGAGUCCGCGGGAAUCCGCUGUACAAGCCCCGGUCCUACACGAUCCAGCCUAGCCCGUCCCUCGGCAGAGAGUCCACCGUCUACCCAGUCAGACCUCUAGGUUCUGCCGUCUCUGGCGCCAACUCUGAAGUCUCUAUCCCUCCCUCCUCUGGCUCCACACACACCGGCAUCAACGACAACAACAACCCAUAUGUUCUCUGCUUCGAGAGCACGAUCUAAACGAGGAGUGUCGACUUGGAGAACAGACUUGAUUAACCGCUCUGCCAGUCGAAUACUGGUGCUAACAUGCCCACGGUACACCCAGUGUACAUGAUCUGUAGCGAGGUGAAGAUGCAUUGGUUUGCCGAGUCAUUUCGACUCAAGAUGCUGCAAACGGCUUGCUGGUUUGAAUGAUCAUAAAGCAUUGCUGCCUGUGAAACAGCAGACUUGAAGCAUGCUUUGUUGCAUGAAGUCAUGGCUCAUGACACUGGUGCAUGGUUGUGAAUGACUGGUACUCAGAGCAUGCAAGCUGGACUUACAUGCGGCCUAAAGAAGACGAAUUCAAAGCAAACACAACAUAUCCCGCUCACACUGUGUGAGUGAAUUUUGAUCUUUGCAUGACCAGUCAGCAGUUUGGUCCAAGCAGCAGGGCAGUUUGAUUUGGUCCGAAGACUCCGAACGCAUAUACCAUUGUGCGUUACGUUCGUCGACAUAUGCCUGUCUGUCAUCCCUUCUGCAAUCAACAACACUUUUUAUCAAGCAAAAGUUUCGCAUAAUCCAUUAUUGAUGUUUCAUGUCUAUGGGUAGUGUUGGAAGAGUCAGCGACAUACCAGUACAGUGUGCUGAUGCCCAAACUCCCGGUGACCGGCUAUAUUCCUUUGGCCGGCAUAGAUACUAUCUUACGCUACCGUUAACUCUGCCUCUCGGAGAUUACUAAAAAAAUGAAAUUAUCGAUAUACUUCUUGUCGCAUUUCAUGAUCAUAACGUGUUUACCCCAUAGAUCCUUCACUUAGGCUCUUGUGAGAGAGAAAAAUAGUUCUCAAUUUUAUGGAUGACAUCCGCGCGCGCAUUGAUUUUCGCCUCUUCUAAAGAAAACUGUGGCCCACAUGCCACCCAAAAACAGUGUGGCCACCGCUAAAAUGAUAAUGAAAAUCGCUCGUCAUUUGAACAUGUCCAGGGGUGGUUUGUUGUAUGUUUACAUGGUCUACCACUAAGUGGUUCCACAAUGUUCAAUUGUAAAACUUUUUGUUUGUAUAGUGGAAUGUUACGAUGUGUUUAAGAGUCAGGGUUCCGACUUUUUGAAAAUACUCGAUGGUUCUAUAAACUAGCAUGAGUAGAACUAGAAAACUGAACAACCUGGAUGUAACAAAAUAAUGAUAAAAUGGUGUAACUCAAUAACAACACCUCUAAAACUUCUGUGUGAAAAUAUAUUAGAUCAAUCGUGCAGGAUAACAGCUUGUAAAUAGCAUACAUAUGUUGUAAAAAUUACUUACAGUCCAGGGCAUGCUAUGUUAUUAGAGACAUUAAACCACAAUGUAACAAAGGGUGAAACAAACAAAAAAUUGCUUAACAUUUCAUAUUCUACAUAUGGCCAAUCCUCCACCAAACCACCCAACACACAGGAUGAUACUAUAAGUACUUGAUGGAUGCAAUCCUUCAAAUGUUCUUUGAACACCUUAAUCUUUCAACAGAAAUUGUCAAGAAGCAAAAAAACUGCAAUGUUGCCUUACUGACAAAACAGAACUUGUUGUUACAGUACCUAGUACUACCUACUCCACAUUUAUAAGACUAUCUGUAUCUGUAUCUAUAUUGCCGGUAUAACUGCCAUUCGGCUAAUGUUAUAAUACUUUUGGCUAAGGUAACUGUUCUGUUUCACCAACAUGAUUUGAUUGAUGUCUAUAUCACAUCAACUUGUGAUAGAUCUGAUUUUAUUUCAUAAUUGAUGUGUACUGACUUGAUUUCAAGAUCACAGUUUCACAGUAGUUUGGGGCUCAAUUUUUGACAUCUCACCUUAUUAAAGGAAAAAAUUGCAAUUGGGCACGUCUUCAAUCUGUACUGACUUUGACUCCUAAUUCUUAUUCUCUAAUUCUGUUAUCAUAUAAACUACAUUGUACAAAUGUGGAUAUGUUCAUGGCAUGUAUAAAAUACUUGAAAAAUAGUAUACAAAUCUCUGAAUCAAAUGCAAUUUUGAAUAUCCAUAGUUAAUUUACAAUAUCUAGUUGUAUACAAAUGUACAUCAUUAAGUCAUUAUUGCCAAAUUAGCCACAUAGCAAAGUGGCUGGUCAUCAUUGCAAAUUGAUGCCCAUGGGCUUCUUUUGGUUAUGAUACUCAAAAAGACCCAUUUCCUUAAGUUGACUAUUAUAUACAAGAGCAUAAAAGAAACAUGAAUAAAAUAAUAGUUUGACUUGGUGCUUACAUGUACAUCAUCAUGUGUUACUAAAUACAGUGUGUACAUCAACAAGAAGGCAUAUAUAUACAUUAUA